ACGUCAGCUCAUUGCCAUUUGCUCUGUCUCCAUGUGAGUCCUCUAUCUCCAACCACCUGUAUAACUCCUCUCAAAUUUCCAUUUACAGCCCUUCUCCAACGCUCUAUUGUAAAGAAAACAAAGUGUAUUGCGAUAGAAUUUAAGUUAUAUACACUGACAGUAUUGUUAUAUGGAGGACGAGGACAAAGAACUUCUCAACAAAAAAGUAUUAGUCCGAAGUGGUUCGCACAUGUACGAUGAAUUGAGGAGUUUUAGAACGUGGUUCAAGUGGAUGUGUGUGGAUCAAUCUGACACUUGGUCUGCUUGCUUAUCUUGGUUUGUUUUUAUUUGGCUGGCCGUAGUUGUGCCAUGGCUCUCCCAUUACCUUCUGGCUUGUACCGAUUGUGUUUCUGAUCACAGUAGGCCGUACGACAGUGUUGUUCAGUUGUCUCUCAGCAGCGUUGCUGCUCUCUCAUUCAUCUGUCUUUCAAGGUUUAACAAGAAAUAUGGACUUCGGAGGUUCUUGUUCCUUGACAAGCUUUGUGGUGAGAGCGAGACCGUCAGAAAUUGCUACACACAACAGCUUAAUAGAUCAAUGAAAAUCCUAUUCAUUUUUGUCAUGCCAUGUUUUGCUGCUGAAAUCACAUACAAGAUUUGGUGGUACAGCUCAGGUGGAACUCGAUUCCCCUUCUUGGGCAAUGUCGUUAUGAGUAAUAUCGUCGCGUGCAUUCUGGAGCUCACCUCCUGGCUUUACAGGACUGUGGUGUUCUUCCUAGUGUGUGUUCUUUUCCGCUUGAUCUGUUAUCUUCAGAUUCUCCGACUACAAGAUUUUGCUCAGGUACUCUUCCAUGUGGAUUCUGAUGUUGAAUCCGUGUUGAGGGAGCACCUUAGAAUCAGGAGGCACUUGAGAAUUAUUAGCCAUAGGUACCGCGUGUUCAUCUUGUGGGCAUUGAUAUUCAUCACAGCAAGUCUAUUUGCCUCUCUUCUCAUGACUACGCGCCCAAAUGCAGAUCUUCAUAUCUAUAAAAGUGGUGAACUUGCGCUGUGUUCUGUCAGCCUUCUUGCUGGGCUGAUGAUACUAUUGCGAAGCGCAACCAGAAUUACACACAAGGCACAAGCUGUGACGAGCCUUGCUGCAAAGUGGCACGUGUGUGCGACCAUAGACUCGUAUGAUUGGGCUAAGGUUGAGAAUUCUCCAGCAACUCAAGUAGCCUACAACCAAGAUUUUCAUCCGAGUUCUAAUGGAUCAUCUGAUGCAGAGGAUGUUGGAGAUGAAGAAGAUGAAUUGGAUAAUACGAAAUUCGUCCCAUCGUAUGCCUAUAGUACAAUUUCGUUCCAGAAAAGACAAGCUCUAGUGACAUAUUUUGAGAACAAUAGAGCAGGAGUGACGAUUUACGGCUUCAUGCUAGACAGAAGUUCUCUUCACACCAUUUUUGGGAUAGAGCUGACACUGAUGCUCUGGUUGCUUGGGAAAACUGUGGGCGUUUCUUGAAUUGUUGACUGCACAAUUGAAAACUAUAUAUAAUUUGUCGUUGCCUCUGAAAUUGUAUAGUAUAAGAUCCUCUAACGUUGCAUGGUUUCUUGAACACAGUAAAAGAUGAAAGUUUUCUUCUUGUGUAUGAUUAAUUUCCAUGAACAAGGAAAGAUUUAUGCCUGGAAUGCCAUCGAAGGCAGAUCAUCGAUUCAGUGACAAAAAAUAAUUUUAUGAAUUUACUGUUACUUUUUU